AUGGGGUCCUGUUCUCCACGUGUUGCAGGAAGCUGUGUUGAUGAGCUGAGGCUUGCCGGCACCUACCAAGGCCUUGCUCAGAACAGCAGCAGGACAAACUGUGAAACUGUACUAGGUUGUGGCAUGAACUUCUGCCAACAUGGAGGUAUUUGUCAUCAGGAUUUUGACCACUCUAUUUGCAUAUGCCCUGCUAGCUAUACAGGAAGUUUCUGUGAGAGGGACCAUUCAAUGUCCAACUCUGAAAAUUCUGGUUAUCACUUAAUAUCUUCAGACAUUGACACUGGCACUAGCACCAAUGUUUUCGAAAACUUGCGGCCUGCGGGCUGUUUGCUGCCCUUCGAAUCACUCCUGGUCAAUAAUAAAUCAAAAGUUGCUCUGCACAAUGCCCAUGACCUCAGUAAUGGGGAAUGGAGUUCUGUGGAAGUGAUGUUUGGAGAGGUGGUGACCCUUGCUUUACUGGACAGCUCCUGUGUGGAGCAAAGAUUCAUUAAAGCUCAUUCUCCAUUUGAAAGUGAUCAAUAGGUAUGUGCUUGACAAAACUCCUUUUUGAGUGGUUUGCCAUUUGGGGGAGCAACCAGCAGUAGUGUUUAUCUGCUUAGUCUGUGUGUAUCAUCCACACCUUGGUUUGUAGGCUGUCUUCAAGACAUUAAAAUUGAUUUGAAUCAAGUAAUCUCAGAAAAUGUUUCUUCGGGCUUAUCAGUAAAGGUCAAGACAGGCUGUAAGAGAAAGGAUUGGUGUGAAAACCAGCCAUGUCAAAACAGAGGAUGUUGCAUCAACUUGUGACUUCAUUGCCAAUGUGAUUGCUACCAGCUCUUAGAAUGCCUGGCCUGUCUGGAAGAGUAUAUUUGAGUUAGAUUUGGCGAAGAUGACUCCACUGCUUUUAACUUGACUUUUAAACUUGACAAGAAUUAUGGAAAGAACUGUGCCUUCUCCAUAAAUACCAAAGUUCAUAGUCCCAAAUUCAAACCUCCUGCAGAGUUUAAUGUCCUUGUACAAAUUUUCAUAGGGAACCGGAGAUGGGUUCUGAAACUCCCAGGCCUCUGGUGGCAAAUGAAAGUGCACAACCAGAUAUCUUUUGUUGUCAGUGAAGUUACUUCUGGAAGCUUCAACUUUUUAAGGGAUAAUAUAGACUUUUAUAAGAGUGAACAAGGUAUCAACAAUAUGCAAAGCACACAAGGGUAUACAAUAGAUAUCAGAGGCAUCUCCUCUUUCAAUUUUGAUGAUGAUAGCAAAUUCUAGAAAAAUUAAUUUAUAAAAUCCUCGGUCAAUUGCAUUGCGACUGGAUGUUUUCAGUCAAAUGCCUAUAGUUCCAGUCCUAGUUUGCAUGGAGGAAUAUGUGAGAAUAUCUAUAGCUCUUAUCAUUGCCUCUGCCAUGGAUGGUCAGGCACACAUUGUGAAGUCAACAUUGAUGAAUGCUUCUCAAGGACCUGUAUCUAUGGCAACUCUACUUAGAAAAUAGCAGCCUAUUGCUGCAAGUAGGAGCCUGGAUACACUGGUGUAAACUGUGAAGUCAACAUAACCCAAUUGCCCUCAGCAGUCUGUGGGAAUGAGAAAGCAAAUCUCAUUUGCUGCAGCAAAGGCAACUGCAUCCAGUUCCAGAGUGAAUUGAAAUGCUGGCACUGGCCAGGUUUUACUAGGCAAUGGUGGAUCACGUUUGUGUUUUAUAGAGGAGAACUUGGUGGUGUUACUUGA